AUGUCUUCUUCAAGACCAGCGGCGGCGGGGACACGAUCUCGUCCAGUCCGCAGCAGCAGACGGCGAGUAGAGUCAUAUACUGAACAAACCCCGGAAGAUUCCGACUCCAGCGAGGCCGGUCAACCGCUGGCGACAUCCCGCGCUGCUCACUCCACCAGACGCUCUCGCAAUCAACACGCCGCAGACAGUGCCCGUCCGAAACGAACAACCCGCACCCCGAGAUCGUAUCGGGAGCCCUCCUCCGACGAAGAUUUGGAUCGUGUCAUUGCUCGGUAUCCUGAAAUGGUCACGCCGGGCAGUAGUAACCCGCAACCCGCCGCGGGGCUUCCCCAUCGAGUUACCAGGCAACAGACCAGACCGUCUCCUAGCAAGAGGAAGCAAACUACAGUCGCAUCACCUCGCAAACGUCGGCGUCCGGAGUCUGUUGAUGUCGAAAACAUUAUUCCAACUGCGAGCGGACCUGUGCCCCCCUGGGACACCCUUCCAUAUCAUAUCCUCUUCAGCAUCUUCUUCCAUGCCGCCCACCCUCUGGUUGACUACAGGCAAGGCAAUCAUCUGCCGUCGGUGAAAUGGCUGUUGGAUGUCUCCCUGCUCUGCCAUUCGUUCACAGAACCAGCACUGAGUGUGCUUUACCACACCCCCGUCCUCAUUCCGCCCCCAAAGGCGCACAAAAUCCUACGACUUCUCUCUCAGCCACCCGAUGAAGUCUCUUUCAACUAUGCCAGAAAAGUGCAAGAAAUUCUGGUAGAUGUCCGUCUGACCUUGGCAUACAAGUCUGUGCCGCCCUAUGGGUAUUUCGAUAUCUGUAAGCUCAUCGAAAAAGUACCACAUAUCAAAACGCUUCGACUGUACCACAGACAUGACGGCAUUCAACCGGUUGUACUUACAGACACUCAACGAUGGAGCUAUCCUGCAGCCUUGUUCGACACGCUCAAAGAGAAAAACCUCCGACUCCAGACAUUUGAUUGGAAUGCACGCUUUAGUGAACCGCGAGUGCUUAUCAAGACCAUGUUGACACGCCAUCUAGAAGCUCCUUUCCAGACCAUUCGCACUUUACAUCUUUUCCAAAUCCCAUCCGAUGACUGUGUUUUGGAAAGCGAGAGUGAUGUUGCUGAGAUGGGUGACAAACUCAUAGAAGUUGGACUUGCUACAGCAUUGCGUCGACUCCCGGAGCUGCGAACUGUGUCAUUCACCGACUGCAUGGCAGUCAAUGAACUACUCUUUGCGGGUAUGCCAUCCACAUUGGAAUCACUAACUCUCGAUAACUGUGAUGAAGCCGCCACUUUCUCACUCAUGGCAUUCUUGAAUAACCGUGGAGCCAACUUGCGCGAACUGGUUCUUAAGCACAAUCGGCAUCUUAACAUGUCGUUUGUAACAACUCUUCGAGAUUCUUGUCCUAAACUGGAACGACUGUCAACUGACUUUAUCAUGCACAACUGGCCACCGUACUAUGAUGGAACGCCUCAUUUCGACGGGCUGCUCAAACCAGGCGAAGUCCCUACCUGGCCAACAACUCUUCGAGAUCUCGAGCUGCUGCAGUUGCGCCAGUGGGACAAGCCUCGAGCAGCAGCAUUCUUUGGGUCGUUGAUCGAUGCUGCUCCCGAACUUCCGGAUCUGCGUCGAAUCGUGAUUAGCGCCGCUGUGGAAAUGGGAUGGCAGGACCGAGCCUCGUUCCGGCGACAAUGGAUGAAAAAGUUCGAAAAGACAUUUCUUCGCAAGGACGGCGUACCAAAACCAGAGACAACAACAGUAGUAAAGCCUGGAAACGGCCUGCCUCCUCCUCCUCCUCCAGAUGCAACUUCUUCAGCAGCUGGCCGACGACAAUCGCAUCGAGAGAGUGCUCGCUUAGCGAACCAGCGCCUUUCCGGUGUCGAUGAUGACACUUCUGAUGAUGACAGCAAUAAUGCGGGCCACAGCGAAGGCGCAGAAGAUGACACGGAAGAUGACGCCACCGAAGUGAAAUACGUCCAAGGUCUAUGUGACGAGGUAUCCAUACGCAUCGACAAUCUCAGACCAUCCGACACGCAAUUCAACGAAGGCGACUUUUUAAAUUCCGAGGAAAGCGGCGAUGAAGACUGGAAUGGGGAAGAUUGGGAGCCCGGCGACGAUGGACAUGCCUGGUAA